AUGUCAGUUCCCGCGGAACCAGAUACGCAAAUACCGCCUAGGGACGAGACCGGAUCAUGCAGCCGCCCAACGCAUCGCUUGCAAGAGAUCAAAGUCGGGGAUAACAGCGUCCAGCUCUUGGUAUCUACCAAAGACCACCUCUAUGACGCUAAAGACGUUGGAGCUGGAGUCAACUCCUAUCAAGUUAUCGGUUCUUGGGAAGACAGCUCAGUCCAGGAACUCACCAAGAUGUUGAGCCAACGCCAAGUCAUUACAAAUCGGCAGUCACCCACAUACGCUGAAGCAUCUCGCUUUGAGAAACAUGGAGCAGGGAAAUCUCUAGCAGAGGCUGGUCGGGAUCAACACAAUAGGAUUGUGGGCGGGCAGCAGAGGAGCGAAUAG